AAAUGGAUGGAUAUAUAGCUGAUCAGCAAAAUAUCAGUGAACCCGAAGUUACGGACACUUUGGAGGCGUUGGGCAUCGAGUGGCAGAUAUUCUUCAUAAUCCUCUACUCAUUGAUAGCCUUUUUGGCACUUUUCGAGAACUUAGUGGUGAUUAUCGUUCAGACAUUUGGCAAAAACUUUGAGCCAAUUCUCCGCAAAUCGCUUAUCAAUCUGGCGGUGGCCGACAUAUGUGUGGGCGUACUGUCGGUGCCCUUCCUAUACACGGACUUCAUGUUAGGCCACUGGAUAUUCCCGCGGUUUAUGUGCCCCGUGUCGCAGGUGUCGGUGCUUUUGUCGGUGUUUGUCAGUUGCUAUACACUUACGCUAAUCAGUUUUGAACGGUAUAUCCUGAUAGUUCACCCCAUAUUCUACACAUCAAAUUACCCGAAAAUUCAAACUUAUUCAUCAAAACUACUGCUAAUCGGAUGGAUUUUGGGCUCAAUAUUCGCGGCCGUAUCGCUCCGAUACUCUCAGACACUGGAGUUCCACUGGAAGGGUCGCCUAUACUUCGACUGUCGGAUGGUGUACGGCUCCGACAUCUCGGAAAAAGUUCACUUACCUGAAUAUCGGGAUAAU